AAUGCCCAGUGGUGUCUGGGCUCCAGGCGUCGGGAGCGGGCACAUCGGUGGACCGUCCAGCCUGAACAGCACUUCACAUCAAGACGCAUCGAUGCUGGACGGCGCGCGACGAUCCCUGCCGACGCUGGCACCCUCCAAACCCUGAACCUGGUUGGAUGGCUGAGCUCUCCGAGUCGAUCACCCAGCUGCCCGCGGGCGACGAUCUCGCGGCCCUCCUCCUGAAGCGCUGGACGAGCGGCGCCGCCGACGACGCCCCGGAGAACACCAGCGACGACGGCUCGUGGGUAGACGUCACCGCCGCCGACGAGAACAACGACUGGUGCUACCUGCGGGCGGACGAGAUCGACGGCGCCUCGGACGCAGACGAUGCCUCGCCGCAAUGCCGCUCGGACGGGCGCGUCGACGCCGCGACUCUCGAGGCAAAGCUUGCGGCCGCCACGGCGCAAAUUCAAGCCCUCGAGACGCAGAACGCGCAGCUCCGGCGAAGCGCGUCGGACAAGGUCGAUCGAGACGAGGUCUCACUCGAGGACCUCGAGCGCGACUUGCGGGCCGCGGCGGCGCGCUGCUUGAACGGCGACGCCGCGGCGGAAAAGGAAUGCGAGCACCUGUCGCGGGCGCUCGACGCCCACCCCGAGAAAAUUAAGCGGGACGCAGACCAACGGGCGGCCUGGGAAAGGGAGGAGCGCCCGCGCUGCGCCUCGGCGCUGCGGCGCAUGCGAAGGGUGCUGCCGCCGUGGCUCGCGACGCGAGGCGCGAGCGUCGACACGCUGGAACAGGCGGGCCUGCCGCGGGCCGUGGCGCGCCGCGUGUUUCGCGAACGCGCGCUCUGGCUGACGCGGAUGCCCGCCAGUCGCAUCCGGAAGAUGGCGCUCGCCGACCUGCGGAGGUUGGAUCUCGGCCGCCUCGACGUCGUGGAGCUGCGGGCGGUCUACGCGGCGUUACCAUCGGAAUUCGACGCCGACGGCGACGGCGCGAAGGCGAUGUGGAGAGAGGACGCGCGGCGACGCCUCUCCGCACUCGCGCUCCGCGAGGCGGAAGACAAGCUGCUGCGGCGCGAGGUGCGGCACCCGGUCUACGACGCUCUAGAUGCGGUCGGCGGGCCCUUCGAUCCGGACUCAGAGGCGCUCGCCGCGGUGGCGGCGCCCUCGACGACUAAUCUUGAGGCCGAGCUGGCCGCCGUGCGCCAAGCGCGACAACGGAUUGACGCCGCGCCACCGGCUCCGGGCGUCGCGCCGCGGCGGCCUCGCCCUUCGCGGCUCGACGCCGACGAUCCACGCUCGCGAAUGGUCGGUGCUGCGCUGAGCCGCGCGCCGCCGCCGCGACCUCGGCCCGCGAUGGCCGGGGACCUCCUCGCGGGGCUCCAGGCGGCGGCGCGGCGGCGAGCCUGAACACGGCGCCCUUGUUUGUAACCAUGAAACGAUUGUCCA